UAAAUUGAACGUGGAACCCUGCUACAGUGGAUACGCUGGACAGUCAUAGCCCCGAAGUGCUUUGAAGAUGUUCCAGAGCCUGGAUGCAGUGACUUAUGAUGAUGUGCAUGUGAACUUCACUGCAGAAGAGUGGAAUUUGCUGGAUCCUUCCCAGAAGAAUCUCUACAAAGAUGUGAUGCUGGAAACCUACCAGAACCUCACAGCUACAGGCAUGAAAGAAGUCAUACUGGAGAGAAACCUUAUGAAUGUAAUCAAUGUGGUAAAGCCUUUUCACAUUGCAGUCAACUCCAAUAUCAUAAAAGGAUACAUACUGGAGAGAAACCCUAUGAAUGUAAUCAAUGUGGUAAAGCCUUUUCAUAUCACAGUAGUCUCCAAAGACAUAAAAGAACAC